ACUCUUCCGUCUGAUACUUGGCUGACGAGAGGCGCUAAACGUAGAUAAAUACGUUGCUUGGUGUAAUUUUCUGAACGCGUUUCUGUUUUAUUCUUGGGAGCAUUCGCUAUUACAUGACAAUCGUGGUUGUUACCAGUGUCCAGGGUUGCAGAGUCCUCCUUCAAAUACAGAACACGGAGUAGUAGUGGUCCGCGCGUCCGCAUGCGCGCACAUACGUGGACCAGCUACAGUGGCUGAGUAGCAACUGUAAAUUUGACAAAUGGAGGAUCAUAUGUAUUAUUUAGCACAGGUAAAAGAAAGGGAGGGUGAAUACUCGUGUUCAAAGACGCGAAAACGUGAGGCAAAACGAAAUCGCGACAGGCGACGGCAGAAAACAAGGAUAAAUAUUGGUGUGGCCUUUCCCAAAUGGAAAUCGCUGAUGAGGGACCAAUGUUUUCAGAGUGACGCCGAAGUUGCCGGUUUUCUACUGGACAGCUUUACAAAAGGAGGACCAGACAAAUCCCUCACAGAAUCAAGAACUGAAUGGACCUCAUCAGAUGAAUCGGUUGAUGAAACUACAGAGAGUGCAAAUUCUGAAUCUGAGGUUUGGAAAACCAGUGAAAACCAGUUACCACGGGUUGAGGCGAUUACACCCAACAUUUUUCAGUUAAAUGAACACAAUGCACCGAUGGAGAUAGAGUUGGAGUUAACAAGAAGCAUGACGAAUAAUCCAUUGUCAGGUCCACAGAGAGAAAUCAAAAGGGAAAGAAAAGAUGUGCAAAUGAGGCCAUUCACUCCAGAUGAAGAAGGAAACUGCAAUCUAUCAGAGAGCAGUUAUGCAAUCUUGAGCAAGGAGAUUUUGGUGUUGCUGAUGUUCCGCUGUUUGGAAUGCUCCAGUGAGUGCCGUGUGCGGGGUAAAGGCAAAGGCGGGAGUCUCUCACUCAGACAAGAGUGUCUAAUCUGCUGUAACUACAGAGUCUGGACCUCUCGACCAGCUGACAUGUCAAAAGAGAAGGUGACUGACAUGUCUUUGAUCCUGUCGUGUGAUGACAUUUGUCCGCAGACAUCUGACAACUUACCUCUGACUGUUGACCAGGAAGCCACAAAUGUUAAGUGUGACGAUAGCCUCCUGAAGGCAAGUCCCCCAGUGCAAAUGCAUGAGGACAAAGCUUCAAACAGCACUGUUCAGGACAAUACAGAUGCUGACAAUGACAUCUCAAGUUUUGUAGUAAAAGAGGAAAAAGAAGAGGAGGAGAGCCUCCUGAUGGAGACACACGAGGACACUGUUUCUAUUUCUUCUGUCCAAGGAGACAGUAACGGUGAAAAUGACUGUGGUUUUAACAUCUCAGCAGGAAAAGACAAGCCCUCUAAACCAACCAGCCCUGAGACCCCUGCCUUGUUGAGUGAUCACAAAGAAGUGUUUAUUGAUGAGAACAAUGGGUUAAAGUUAGUUGAGAAAAUGAACGAUCAGACCUCUAUGAAAAAGCAGGGAGAUGGUUCAGAAGAGAGUCCACUGAGCUCCUCAUACGAGCCCACAGACAGCUCCGAUGAAGAAUUUUCUGAGGCAGAGUCUGCCAAGAAGCCUCAAAAGCCAUUCCAGAACACUAUUAAGCCAAUUAUUUGGUGUAUAGACUGUGAUGCUGUGGCUAAAAUGUUCUGUACGGUUCGGCGCCACCAAAAGAUCUAUGGCUGUGUGGAGUGUGUAGUUAGCAAUGAUGUCAGGUGCCACAAGUUCAAAGACUUCUCUGUUCAUUUUAGCGACAUCAUAACUUUUCAUAAGCACGCCAUAGACAUGCAUGGUGCCACAGGAAACCCCCCAGAAAUCAGGGUGUGCGAGGACUGCAAUAAGACAAUCAGGGUGGAGACUGACCCCAAAAAAAAGGGUCAUGUGUGCGAGUACAAGAUCAAACCAUUCUCUUGCCAUCUGUGUCGUAAGCGCUUCUUCACAGAGAUUGGCCAGAAAGUUCAUUACCGUAGACUGCAUGGGGACUACACACACACCUGCAAGUACUGCAUGAUGGCGUUUAACACAAAACCAUCAAAGCUUCAACAUGAGCAGACUCACAAUGAAGACGGACUGCCCUACCUUUGCCCAGACUGUCCGGAGAAGUUUAAAGACUUUAUUGGACGCAAUCAACACUUGAAGAGCCACAGAGGGCAAAAGAAAUAUAUUUGCCACAUGUGUGACAGGAAAUUUCUUUCUCUUCAAAGAUACGAACGGCACAUGCGCAUCCACUCCGGUGAGAAGCCCUACACCUGCCAGGUGUGCGAACGCUCCUUCAAUCAGGCCAGCCACCUGAAGUCCCACAUGCGUCUCCACACAGGGGAAAAGCCGUUCAUGUGUGAGCAGUGUGGGGAGUGUUUCAACCACAACGUUAGUCUAAAGAACCACCUACUGCGUCAACAUGGCAUCGACUCGACCAGAACAGCCAGGGAGGAGAGUAAACAGAUAGGCCGACCUAUGAAGAGGUUUGCCUCCAGCACAUUGAACAAAGAUCUACAGAAAAAAAAGCGAGUGAGGAAGAGCUCUUCUGCUCCCAGUAUGAAAGAAGAAGAGGAGGAGGAGGAGGAGGGGGUAGAGGAAGGGGAGGAGGCGCUGUGUAACCUAAACUCGGACUAUGUGGAGGAAAGCCAGGAGUCGGAUUCUGAAGGAGACGACUGGCAAAGAGGCCGAAUCAGGAAAGCUAUGAGGAAAAAACGAGCAAAAAGGCAAAACCAUGUAGAAGGUGAUGAUCGCUGAGUGAGCAAAUAACUGUCGUGCAUGUGAGGUCUGUAAGUAGAUAAGAUGCACAAAGCUGGUCUGCAUCAGACCACAGGAGUAUUUGUUCCUCAGAUCCAAGCAGGAACUGCCAAAAUUACUUACUGAUGGACUAGAUAAAACUUGGCUAACAGUUUUGGAUGCUUUUUAAUAUUUUUGCAUCACUGAACGUUCCAGUGGGCGUGUACCUCUUUGAUAGAAAGCUUGUUACUGCAGUAGAAAGUAGUGGCCAAGUGAUUCCUGAUUAGUUUGUAAAUACUUCGAUCGUGCCAGUUAGUGCCUUACUUCCCUGACAUUACAUUCAUGAUGCUAAUACAUCUCUUCGAGACAAAACGAAAGUAGAUAUUUUUCUGCAUUUCCAAAAUAAAGGUGCUGUUUGUGUGUAAGUGUGAAUCACUGAAUAAAUGGGGUUUAAAAUAUACACAGAAAUGUGUACACACAACAGAUAAAAAAGUGUAUGUAUUCAGUCAUAUUGAGUUGCAAUAUUUUUAGGUGUUCUGGCUGCAACAAGGCUUUUUUCAGGCAACUCCAGGGAUGAUUCUAAGAUUUUUUUAUACUUCAACAGCUGAAUACACACAGGGCUAUAAAAUUCUGCACAUUUGUGUGUGCAUGUGCAGGUGUAGUAUACUCUUGUUUUGAAAAGGAUUGAAGGAUUGAAUUAUACAUUGGAUGAAUAUUAAACAUCAAGGUAAGAUUUACUGAAAUAGACGCAUAACAAUGAGAUCUAAAUGAUCUCUGCAUCUGACAGCAGUGAGACUUUAAGGAAAUGCCCUGGGUGUUUGCCAGCAAUGAUUAAGGCCAUAUAGUGGUGUAUUGGUGUAUUUUAUUGCUUUUGUGUUGUGUGUAGGGUGUGUCAUUGUGCUGAUUGUGUUGCAAGUUAGUAUGGUGUACAGAAUGAUUCUUCUGUUUAAAGGGCAGUUGUAAUUAGAUUUUCAUUGCAAAAAAGAGGUAGUAGUCAAUUUGAAGACAGACUAUUCACCAAGUAGAAUCUGGUGUACUUUUGCUUGAUUGGAAUUUAAUGACUGCAUUUGCACUGGCGAUGUGCAGAACAGAUCGACGAUCAAUGUAACCACCAAGCUAUCACUGCAAUGUGAACAGCUGGUUAGGGUGACGGGGAAAUGUCUGUGAGACUCCUGUCAGACUAAGUUACCUAAUUUGGCUUCUCACCUGUUAACCUAAUUUGACCUCUCACCUGGUUGCAGCUGUCCUCCAUUCCCAGUAUGACCACAUAAAAAACCCAAAUAUCCAACCAUGGAUAAAGACAAUACGUCAGGCUACAUGGCAAAACUUUACCACUCUCAACUCCCUGACAAAUACUCCUGUAGAACUUUGUCAACAGGUGACAUUUAUUUGGUAGCUGCUCAGUUUACGUUGAUCAGCAUGAAGCUGACUCAUGGCUGCAUUUCCCCCUUCCCCUCUCUUAUGCAUUUACAUCAUAAACAGAAUUCGCUGACUUUAUUAUGAGCAACACAAGUUAUAUGCCAUCUUUAGGGCUUAAUUCUCAUGUAGCUAUUUAUUAGUCAGCGUAUGCUACACGUAUUUUUCUACCUAUCAGUGCUGUAGCGGACUAGCUAUCUCAAUCACAUUUAUGAAAGUUUUCUCUUUUUUUUUGUCUCUGUGUACAUUUGUGAUGUAAUCUACUGCAAAGACUUCAUUAUGAGUUAAAAUUUAUGAGAAUAUCUGACUGUAUGUUAACUAAAUAGCCUACUUGCCAUAUUUAAGAUCCAGCAGCAUUGCAGGUCUUUUUAAAAAGAUGUGAAUUUUGAGCAGAACUACCCUCUAAAAACUACAAGAUUAUAAGCUAUUAAAAUGUAAUAAAUUGGAUCUUAUUAAAAAUCUACGUUGCUGUCAAUAUUCCAUUUUCAGUCAACAGCCACACACACAAGAUAUUGAUGAUUUCUUAUAUCUUUGUGUUUAACAUCUUGGGAUGUCAUGUUUGCUUGAGUUUCUUGUUUGGUGUCCUGUGACACUCUGUCUAUUGGAAGGAAACCAGUCUCUGAACUUGGACGUGCACAGUUGUUUGGCAAAAAUCCAAACUGUACAUCGUUCGACAAGAGUAGGCAUUUGGUGUAUAUGACAUGCAUCUGAAUAUGUUGUGAAACUCUCAGGGUGGUUCUACAAGUCCAAUGGUGCCUAAUAUAUUUCCUUUACAACUCCAAAAGUAGGUUGUUGCCACUCAGAGAACUCGUUCUGAUGGUACACUUUCUGGUAGUGGUGAUGAAACUACAAAUCCAUGAGACCAUGCCUGAUCUUACUCCAGGUUCUAAGAGAAAAACAGCUAUGAUAUAGUCAGUGGUGUCAAAGGCAUUGGUAAUGUUAGUUGUGAUUAAAGUACAUACUGAGUCUGGAAUCUCGAAUGGCUUGUACAUAUAGUCUAUUAAAUUGACAAGGCAAUGUGCUUCAGAAUGAUUGUGCCUACUCCCAAACUGCAUCUGAUUAAGAUUUGGCAAAAUGUCCCUUAGGAUCCACUUUACAGCAAAGUGUUCAUAUAUCUUUGAAAACUGAGGAGUUAGGUUAGUGAAAUUGGCCUUAACUAUUCUGUAUUUGGAGGAGUAGAUUUGGGUACAGGUAUCACAAUUGCUUCUUUCCAUUGUGCUGGAACCACUCCAUCUUUAAAGAAUGUAUUAAUGAUGUCAUAAAGUAGAGUGCUGAUUUCACAUGUGAACUCUUAGGAUUCUGGGUGGAAUAUUAUCUGGACCUGGUGAGUUUUAGCAAUUGAUCAUAGAAUAUUUGCUAUAUACCUUCCACACUGGAAUGUGGGGAAGUUGGUGAGAUGGCAGAAAAUGCUAACUUUUCACAAUCCAGUGGUGGGAGGGACUGUGGUACUGUAAUAAACUUCAUAUUAAUCUCAUUAGCAAUUGAUGAAUGAUGCAAAGUAUUUACGCCAGCUAUAUUAAUUACUUCAGGCUUCUUUCUUUGCCUGAAAAUGUGUUUAAUUGUGUGGUACCAACCUUUGGGAGUUGAAUUCAGUGUGCUGUGUACUUUUAAUUUCCAAGACACUUUCUUUACUCUUUGGAUCUCUCUUUGCACCUUGGUUUUGUCGUACUUUGGUUGAGAACUGUGUUUCCCAGCAAUAAAGGUUUGCCUUUGGUGUAUCGAA